UGCGUCUAGCCUGCCGGGAAGAAGAAGAAGAAGAAGAAGAAGAAGAAGAAGAAGAAGAAGAAGAAGAAGAAGAAUAUCCGGGGGUGUGUCCAGUGUGGUGUUGACAGACUCGAGAAACGAAGGUAGUCUCGUGUUAACAUGACGUCUCCAGAGAUCGCCUCGCUUUCCUGGGGCCACAUGACCGUGAAGGGCUGCUCCUCCAGCUACAAGGACUGUAAGGUCUGGCCUGGAGGCAGCCGGGCCUGGGACUGGAGAGAGACUGGGACCAACCAUUCCCCGGGAGUACAACCUGCAGACCUGGAGGAGGUGCUGAAGAAGGGAAUAGACUUGCUGGUCAUCGGCAGAGGCAUGAGCGAAGCUCUGCAGGUUCCCUCCUCCACUCUGGACUUUGUGAUGCAGAAAGGCGUCGACGUCCGAGUCUUGCAGACGGAGAAGGCCGUUGCGGAGUACAACAAACUGGCCGGCCAGGGCGCCAAGGUGGGGGGGGUCUUCCACUCCACCUGUUGAUUAGGUCACGUUUGCACCGCUGCACCAACGGAGAUGACCCGCACAGGAUAUAGUGUAGCGCCGCCGCUAUCUGUGCGAUUACGCAAGGGAACAGUCGCUGCAUUUGGUGGCUUAGCGCCGCCAGAGACUAUUGUGAUUUGUUUAACCCUUGUGAUUUGUUUAACAACACAAGGAUGAUGUACUUCCCUUUACUUUGUUGAGAAUUGCUCUCUAAACCCUGUUUCUUGUAAAGUAAGUA